CGUUGGCUUUACCUGAGACCAGCCACUGGCCUCCAUUGUUGGAGAAUUCAAUGGCAUUGACACAGCCGAAGUGGCCCAGGAGGUCCUUCUUGUAGAGGUUCCUGCAGCCCCGCAGGCGUCUUCGCUGGAAGUCUUGGGCCAUGGUGAAAUCCUACAAUGCCGUUUCGUGUGGGUGAAGUGAAGGGAUAGAAAAGGAAAUUAAAAAAAAUGCCCAAGCAAACAGCAGUGACAAUAACUUUGGCGACCCUGCUGGGUGUUGCAGUGGGAGGCCUGGUUUUGUGGAAAGCAACCCAACGUCGGAAAGGAAAAGCAUGCCAUAGUAGUCAUCAAGAAGAAGCAGCUAUAAAGUCGGGAGAUGAGAAACUCAUUAAGACAGAGGAUAAGGAGGUGCUUUCCUUCUUCAGAUCUCCCACCUUUUCCUGGGUAGAGAGGACCCUUGGUGCAGACAUAGUGAUAGUUUCAGAGCAGGAGGAGUGGAAUCGUGUUGAACCAUUGCUGAAGAAGGAGCUGGAGAAGUGGCCGGUGCUUGGAAUUGAUUGUGAGUGGGUAUCUGUGGAGGGAAGAGCAAAUCCUGUAUCCCUGCUACAGAUGGCUUCUUCCAGUGGCCUCUGCAUUCUUGUUCGGUUGCCCAGGCUUGUUGCCAGUGGACAGACUCUCCCAAAGACCCUGUUGGACAUCAUGGCAGAUAGUACUGUGUUGAAAGUUGGGGUUGGAUGCUGGGAAGAUGCUUGCAAGCUGCUUCAUGAUUAUGGCCUUCCAGUCAAAGGGAGUGUGGAUCUGCGGUAUUUAGCCAUGAGACAGCGGAAGGAUCUACUUCACAACUGCCUUAGCCUUAAGUCUUUAGCUGAAAAAGUCCUGAACUGCCCACUUGACAAAUCUCCUCAUGUGCGUUGCAGCAACUGGGAGGCAGAAGAACUGGCACAAGAUCAGAUUCUCUAUGCUGCUAGGGAUGCCCAGGUCUCAGUGGCUCUGUUCCUCCAUUUGCUGGGAUUUGCUGGCCUCCCUGCUACAUCUGAAGGUGAAAACUCUGUCGCUGCUUGGGAAAAAGCAUUGGGUAAAUGCCGGGGCUUGGUGGAUAUCCCAUUUAGAGGAAGAAAGAGUGGCAGCACAGGAGAGGAGAAGAGUGGAGAUGGACACUCCCCUCAGAAAACAAAGAAUCGGAAAUCUUGGGUGAAUGGCCAGCCCUCUGGCAAUCAUCAAGUGAGAGAUCCACGGAGGCAGAAGCGAAAGCCUCUGGGCGUGGGAUAUUCUGCACGAAAAUCUCCACUGUAUGACAACUGCUUCCUGCAUGCACCAGAUGGACAACCCCUGUGCACUUGUGAUCGCAAGAAGGCUCAGUGGUAUCUGGACAAGGGGAUUGGAGAACUAGUUAGCACAGACCCCUUUGUUGUGAAGCUGCGGUUUGAGCCUUCCGGACGUCCUGAGUCUCAAGUUGAUUAUUAUCUGACAGUCAAAGAAAACCUGUGUGUUGUAUGUGGCAAGCGAGAAUCCUAUAUCCGGAAGAAUGUUGUUCCUCACGAAUACCGAAGACACUUCCCCAUCCAGAUGAAGGACCACAACUCCCAUGAUGUGCUCCUACUCUGCACAUCCUGCCAUGCCAUUUCCAAUUACUAUGACAACCAUCUCAAGCAGCAGCUGGCUGAGGAGUUCGGUGCCCCCAUCGGCUCCGAGGAAGGUGUGCGUCUGCUGGAGGACCCUCUGCGCAGGCAAGUGCGCUCGGGAGCGCGAGCCCUGCUGAAUGCGGACAGCCUGCCUGACCCCCGAAGGGCAGAGCUUCUGCAAAGCAUCAAGGACUUCUUUAACACAGAGGCAGUCACACCAGAGAUGCUCCAGGAAGCAGCUGGUCUGGAAACCAGGGUCUGCAAUGAGAGCUACAUGCCACAUGGACUGAAGGUGGUGCAGUGUUUUGCUAAAGGAGGCCUGCGCUCCCUUAUGCAGUUGGAAAGACGCUGGCGGCAGCACUUUUUGGACAGUAUGCAGCCCAAGCACCUCCCAGAGCAAUGGUCAGUGGAUCAUAACCACAUGAAGCUAAUCCGAAAGUAUGGGGAGGAUCUUCAGAUUGAGCUGUCAUGAAACUAACUCCCUGAACUCCGGAUAGUGUCUAAUGAACAUAUGUAACUGAAGAUGAAAGGACUAUUUUUAUCUCCAUGCCUUCACUAACACCUGGGUCUGGGUUUGCAAACACGUAGCAGUAGAUCUGCCAGAUUUGACAUUUUUAUAGAGUUAAAUUUGACAGUUAGAUCCAUUGACUUGAACUUUCAGAUGGUUUGGAAUUUUUAAUCCUAGUCUGUCAUUCACUAGUUCAGUGCAAGAGUGAUAUACUAAGGGAACUUGUCUUCUCAAAGUGACUAUGGAGAAUUAUUUUCCUCAAGCCUCCGGGAUACUUGAUGCCUGCAGACCAUCUCUCAAUACAGAGCACAAUAUAUGAACUUUUCCACACUUUCUGACAUAAAUUUGUGCCCUUGGCUUCACCUUUAGAGUCUCUUGAUAAAAAUCUUUCUUGGUUUUCAGUGCAGUUGUACUCAUAUGAGUUCUUCUUAGAGAAGACCCCCCUGCCAGAGAGAGAUUUCUUGUUUGGAACUGGCAAAGAAAGCUUACUUUUUUGCAGAUUCUGAGGUGUAUCAGCAUUGCAGAUAGGCCUGAGCAAGUUUCCUGGUGGCAGGUGCCUGAUGAGAAGUAGCACUCUGACUCUGGCAGUAUGGAAGUACCUAUGCCAAGUCUUUUGUUAAACAGCUUCCAGCAACACACAGUUUAUAAAAAUGUUCUUUCCUAA